GCGGCCGGGCAUGCUAACAGAACCCAAGUAUGAUCGCUUUUGGAACGACGCGCUGAUGCCCUCGGACAAGGCAGCCAUGAGCAGCAAGGUCGCCGCGGCCCCACCCCCACCCCCGCCGGGCGAGGAGCAGGAGGCCGUCACCACCUUCUGCAUGCUGAUCCCCAAGAUGCCUCAAUGGAAAUUCUCCAGCCCGUCCGGCUUCCUCAGCCGCAGCCCGUCGAGCGCCAGCAAAGACUUGUCGGCCGCAGCCAAAGCGGCCGGCCCCGGAGACGUUGGGCACCCCGCGGCCCCCUCGGGCCUGGCCGCCGUCCUCAGCGCCUGCGAGCCGGUUUGCGCCACGCCCUGCAGCCUGCAGGUGAUCAACAGGCUGAGAGGAGGGGCGGGGGGCGGGAGGAAGGCGCCGCGGGUCGAGGGGGCCGCCCUGGCCGGAGAGGAGUGGAGCCGCAAAGGGAGCUUCAUCAGCAAACCGGUGCAGGGCUGGCUCCAUCCGGAUGAGAGAGUGCUAGGCCCAGGCGUCUCCUACAUCGUCCGGUACAUGGGCUGCAUUGAAAUCCUGCGGUCAAUGAGGUCCUUGGAUUUCAACACCCGGACACAAGUCACAAAGGAAGCCAUCAACCGACUCUAUGAGGCCGUCCCGGGGGUCAAAGGGACGUGGAAAAAGAAGACUCCCAACAAAACGCUCUUCUCGAUCCUUGGCAAAAGCAACCUCCGUUUCGCCGGCAUCAGUAUCGCGGUCAACAUCUCCAUCGACGGGUUGAAUCUCACGAUCCCUACCACGCGGCAGAUCAUCGCGAACCACCACAUGCAAUCCAUCUCCUUCGCUUCGGGGGGCGACACGGACACGACAGACUAUGUGGCAUACGUCGCAAAAGAUCCCAUCAACCAGCGAGCAUGCCACAUCUUGGAAUGUUGCGACGGACUGGCACAGAGCGUCAUCAACACCGUGGGCCAAGCCUUCGAGCUCCGUUUCAAACAGUACCUCCACAGCCCGCCCAAAACCAUGGUGCCGCAGGAUAGGGCAAUGGGAAUGGAGAAUUCCGCCUGGGGCGAGGACGAGGAAGCUGCUGAGCAUGACUACUACAACAGCAUUCCCGGAAAGGAGCCGCCCCUCGGUGGGGUGGUCGAUUCCCGCCUCCAGCACAGCGCGUCCUUGAACCACUCGCAGUUUUCCUACGCGGGUCACUUCAGCCAGGUCGGAUCUCCUGCCAGGAGAGACCCCAGCUGCCCUUCCAACUUGAAUUGGGAUGCCGACGCUCGUGGCCACUGCUGCGACGGCUACGUCCAGGCCGACAGCAAACCGUUGGGGUCCCAAGACUAUGAAGAGCACAUGUAUGUGAAUACUCAGAAUUUGGAGAACUGGGAAGUGGACUCCGAGGCCUACCGGGCGCCUGAAGACAGUCCCCCGAAGGAUCUUUUUGAUAUGAGGCCUUUUGAAGAUGCUUUAAAGCUCCAUGAAUCGAUGUCAGCCUGUGGUGUGGAUAGCGGCUUACAAAUAGAAGACCAGUGGCCCAGCCCGCCCACCCGGAAGGCUCCCAUCGCCCCCACGGAGGAGCAGCUGAAGCAAGAGCCGUGGUACCACGGCAAGAUGAGCCGGAGGGACGCUGAGAAGCUGCUACAGAUGGACGGAGACUUCUUGGUGAGGGACAGCAUCACCAACCCUGGGCAGUACGUCCUGACCGGGAUGCAUAGUGGGCAGCCGAAACAUUUGCUCCUGGUGGAUCCCGAAGGCGUGGUGAGAACAAAAGACGCCUUGUUCGAAAGCAUCAGCCACCUCAUCAAUUACCACCUGCAGAACGGGCAGCCCAUCGUGGCAGCCGAGAGCGAGCUGCACCUGCGCCAGGUGGUGAGAUGGAAGCUGUGACGG